CCUGCCCGGACCGCCCUGCGCUCUCGCCGCGGAGCACCCUUCUGGCUUCUUCGUCUCUCGGACGGACAGACGCCGGAGCUCUCUUCUCUUGCCCUUAGCCCAACUUUCUUUCCCGCCUCUCGAAAACUCCUAGCUUCCCUCUUCCUUCUCCCUUAAGCUUGUUCUUUGCCACUCCAUUUUUCCCCCUCUUCUCCCACGCCACAAACCCACCUCCCCUCUCCUUUCGCCCAUCCCCUCCUCCCUUCCCGGGACCCCCUUAAACUCUUCUUCCUCCUUCAACUCAGAGACUCGGUCCCAGCGCUCCUGCUUGGACUCCGUCUGGGUCUCCUGCUCCGGUUCUUCUCGAAGUCAUGGCUGGACCAGGGGGUUGGAGGGACAAGGAGGUGACAGAUCUGGGCCAUUUACCGGAUCCAACUGGAAUAUUCUCACUAGAUAAAACCAUUGGUCUUGGUACUUAUGGAAGAAUCUAUUUGGGACUCCAUGAAAAGACGGGUUCAUUCACAGCUGUUAAAGUAAUGAAUGCCCGGAAGACUCCUUUGCCUGAAAUAGGAAGGCGGGUGAGAGUGAAUAAAUACCAAAAGUCUGUUGGCUGGAGAUACAGUGAUGAAGAGGAGGAUCUCAGGACCGAACUCAAUCUGCUGAGGAAGUACUCUUUCCACAAAAACAUUGUGGCCUUCUAUGGUGCCUUUUUCAAGCUGAGUCCCCCUGGCCACAGGCAUCAACUUUGGAUGGUGAUGGAGCUAUGUGCAGCAGGCUCAGUCACUGAUGUAGUGCGGAUGACAAGAAAUCAGAGUUUAAAAGAAGAUUGGAUUGCUUACAUCUGUCGAGAAAUUCUUCAGGGCUUAGCUCACCUUCAUGCACACCGAGUAAUUCACCGGGACAUCAAAGGCCAAAAUGUGCUGCUGACUCAUAACGCCGAAGUCAAAUUAGUGGAUUUUGGCGUGAGUGCCCAAGUGAGCAGAACAAAUGGAAGAAGAAACAGCUUCAUUGGUACACCAUACUGGAUGGCCCCUGAGGUGAUUGAUUGUGAUGAGGACCCAAGACGCUCCUAUGAUUACAGAAGUGAUGUGUGGUCUGUGGGAAUCACUGCUAUUGAAAUGGCUGAAGGAGCUCCUCGUUAUGAUAAUUAUCAUCUCAGAGGAAAUAGUUUUCCAAAACCACAAUUAUCAGAUGGUGUCUUCCAAGAUUUAGCUCUGUGGAACCUUCAGCCCCUGGAAGCCCUUUUCGUUAUUCUACGGGAAUCUGCUCCCACAGUCAAAUCCAGUGGAUGGUCCCGUAAGUUCCACAAUUUCAUGGAAAAGUGCAUGAUCAAAAAUUUCCUAUUUCGUCCUACAUCUGAAAAUAUGCUUCAUCACCCAUUCGUUGAGAAUAUUAAAAAUGAACGGCACGUUGUGGAGUCCUUGACAAAGCAUCUUACUGGGAUCAUUAAAAAGAGACAGAAUAAAGGCAUACCCCUGGUCUUCGAGAGAGAAGCAGAUACUAAGGAGCAGUGCACCACAGAGAGAUUCAGAGGACCUUCUUACACUCAUGAACUUCUGAAAAUGCCAACUAGCAGCAGAUGCAGACCACUUAGAGUCCUGCACGGAGAACCCUCUCAGCCAAGGUGGUUACCGGAUCAAGAAGAGCCACAACUCCAAGCCCUUCAGCAACUGCAUGGGGCAGCCGGAGGGCUCAUGCCUCUACAUGCUCAGGACAAUCCACCCUUACAGAAGCAGGCGCAGGCACCACAGUGCCUACAUGGGGCAGCUCAGGUGUUAAUGCCACUACAGGCUCAGGUUAAUGCUAAGAUAUCUACACCUCUAUUCAAGCAGAUUCAAGCACCUCCCCGACUAAAGAGCGCAGCCCGGGUGCUCAUGCCACUGCCUACUCAGGAUAAAGAACCUAGUCCUCUAGCGGUACAGGCUCCCAUAACUAAUGAACAGCAGGCCCAGUCUGAGCCCUUAGAAACAGGAGAGGCUAAAGAUUUGGACCAGGUGCCAGAAGAAUUUCAGGGGCAAGAUAGGGCAUCCGAACAGCAAGGGCAGGGCCAGGGUGCUGAUCAACAACAGAGGCAGAAUCAGGUUCCAGAAGAGCAUCUGGACCAGAACAGGGCACCUGAGCAGCCAGAGGUGCGAGAACAGGCUGUCGAGCCCCCACAAGCUGAAAUUGAGGAUAAGGAACCUGAGGUACUCCAAGUACAUGCCCAGGUGUUCCUGCCUUUAUUGUCACAGAACCAUCAUGUGCUCUUGCCUCUUCACUUGGAUACACAGCUGCUAAUUCCAGUAGGGGAACAAAAUGAAGAGUCACCUCCAGCACAGGCCUGGGCUCUGGAGGCCUCACAGGCUGUUGGCGCAGUUCAAGCACUGAUAGAGGGACUAUCAAGGGACUUGCUUCGAGCACCAAAUGCUUAUAUCUCAAAACCACUUGGUCCACUGCAAAUCUUGAUGGAGAAUUUGUCAUCAAAUGAGUUUUACACUCAACCAGAACAGACACGGAAGAAAAAGUCAAAAGUUUCUAGUCUAAAGCAAGCACUGGCAAAAAGACUGUCACCCAAGAGGUUCAGGGCAAAGUCCUUAUGGAGAAUUGAGGAGUUUGAUCUUUCCGAUUUAGAAGCCAGCAGGAGACGGCGCCAGCGUAGAUGGGAGGACAUCUUUAAUCAGCAUGAAGAGGAAUUGAGACAAGUUGAAAAUGAUAAAGAAGAUGACUCAUCAGACAAUGAUGAAGUGUUUCAUUCAGUUCAGGCUGAAGUCCAAAUAGAACCAUACGCUCCAAAUCCUACAGGAAAUGAGGCACAAGAGAGCUCUGCUUCUAGGCCUGGCAACCGGAAUCGUACACAUCGUGUGACAUUUUCCUCAAGUGUCUCUGAGCAGCCUCUUUUCGAAGAAGUUCAGCAGCCCAUGGACAUCAGACAGAGGAGUUCCCUAAAUCCUCAGAAUUUCCAAGCAGCAUCAGAGUCAUCUUCUGAGGAGGAGAGUCCUGUGACUAGGAGGAAGUCCCAGUCAUCGCCGCCUUAUUCUACUAUUGAUCAGAAGUUACUGAUUGAUAUCCAUGUUCCAGAUGGAUUUAAAGUGGGAAAAAUAUCACCCCCUGUGUACUUGACAAAUGAAUGGGUAGGCCAUAAUGCACUCUCUGAAAUCUUCUGGGAUGAUUGGCUAAUUCCUUCACCUGUCACUCAGCAACCUGAAGAAGAUGGUGAUUAUGUUGAACUCUAUGAUGCUGGUGCUAAUACUGAUGGUGAUGAGGAAGCUUCUUACGAUGCUUAUGAAGAUAACUAUGACCAUGUCAAUGGCCAUGAUGACUUGAAUAACCAGACUGAUCAGGCAAAUGUCUAUGAAGUCCGUGGUGAUGGUGACUAUGAUGAUGAGUCUCUUCGUGGCAUAGAUGAUAAUCUUGGUGCUGCUACUAAUGGGCCAAGGGAAAGCUAUCGCAGAGAAGGAAUACUCAAGCAUGGUGGUAGAGGUAGAAGUAAUGGAGAGCGGGGGGCUUUCGGAGCCUAUGGAAACGAUGGAGCCCGAAGGUAUCGUCGAAACCCUGCUGCUGAAGCCAGUGCAGCCUUUAGAAGCCAAGAUGGACAUGGAGCCAAUAGAGGUGCCAGAUACAGAGGAAUCAACGGAAACAGGGAAGAGAAUGGAGCAUAUGGAUUUUGUGCAGAAGAAACUCACUCACAGGAAGAUGGUGCAGGACUGGAUCAACAUAUAUUUCAGGAGUUUGAACGUGAGCAGGAGGAGUCAGAUGGUGGAACUGAGACCUCAGAUUCAAUUGCCUUGGAUAUCACAUCCCUUGCACUUGAUGGUGAGAAUCCCAGUGACACAGCAGGGUCAUCAGCAACACUGGGUUUCCCUGUCAUCCACUCAUCUCCCGGAGGGUCUGCUUCUGCCUCUGAUACCGACACUGCGAGCGCCAACUUACAUGCUGGGUUUGUUGAGGUGCCUGAAAACCCCCCUCACCUACCAUCUGAAGUAAAUAUUAACCCACUCUGUAUCUUCCCAGCAUAUAACAAACCACUAAUCCAUGUGUACGAAAAGGAGUUUACGUCUGAGAUCUGCUGUGGUUCUUUGUGGGGAGUCAAUUUGUUGCUGGGCACCCGAUCUAAUCUGUACCUGAUGGACAGAAGUGGAAAGGCAGACAUCAUUAAACUUAUAAAGCGCAGACCAUUCCGCCAGAUCCAAGUCGUGGAGUCACUCAAUUUGCUGAUUACCAUCUCUGGUCGCAAGAACAGACUUCGCGUGUAUCAUUUGACUUGGCUGAGGAACAAGAUUCUGAAUAAUGAUCCGGAAAGUAAGAGAAGACAGAAGGAAAUGCUGAAGACAGAGGAAGCUUGUAAAUCUAUUGAUAAGUUGACUGGCUGUGAACACUUCAGUGUCCUUCAACAUGAGGAAACAACAUACAUUGCAGUUGCUGUGAAGUCUUCCAUUCACCUUUAUGCCUGGGCACCAAAAUCCUUUGAUGAAAGCACUGCUAUUAAAGUAUGCAUUGAUCAAUCAGCAGACUCCGAAGGAGACUACAUGUCCUAUGAAGCCUAUAUACGAAUAUUGGCAAAAAUAAAGGCAGCUGAUCCAGCGAACCGGUUUAAGAGACCAGAUGAGCUCCUUCAUUUGCUGAAGCUCAAGGUGUUUCCAACUCCUGACCUUAAGCCAGUGACAGUUGACCUGGCUGUUGGUUCUGAGAAAACACUGAAGAUUUUCUUCAGCUCAGCAAAUGGUUACCACAUCAUUGAUGCAGAAUCUGAAGUUAUGUCUGAUGUGACCUUGCCAAAUAAUAACAUCAUCAUUUUACCUGAUGGCCUGGGAAUUGGCGUGAUGCUCUCCUUCAAUGCUGAAGCUGCCUCUGAGGAAGCAAAUGAACAACUCUACAAGAAGAUCCUUGAUGUGUGGAAAGAUAUACCAUCUUCCGUAGCUUUUGAGUGUACACAGAGAAUCACUGGAUGGGACCGAAAGGCUGUUGAAGUGCGGUCCCUACAGUCCAGUAUUCUCGAGAAUGAGUUCAAGCGCAGGUCAAUCAAGAAACUGAGAUUCCUGUGCACCCGUGGUGACAAGCUGUUCUUUACGUCUACACUGAGCAAUCACCACAGCCGGGUUUACUUUAUGACCCUUGGAAAACUUGAAGAGCUCCAAAGAAGUUAUGCUGUGUGAAAGAUCCCAUUGAUUUCCUCCAGCAUUUACAUCCAUCACAUAUAUGCCAUUACAUUCUAAAACUCCAGUUUUACCAUAAGAAAAACUUUAAUCAGAGGCUUUUAAUGUAGCACAUCAUAGUUUCAAUGACAAGUACAGCUUUAUAAACAAACUUAACUAUAGCAAGCUCUAUGUACUCCAAUGGUGUACAAUAUCUUUUGCACGAACUUUGUAACUUUUGUUACUGUGAAUUCAGACAUUACUCUUAAGACAGUUUGGACAGUAUCUGUAUUCAGAUUUAUAGCAUGGAGUAUAGAAACCUGUUAUAAAUUACUUUACAAGUGACUUUCAAAUAAAUUGGCCCUAAAUAAGCUUUUCCAAAGAAAAAAUUUAAUUAAUGUAGGUGACUUUUUUCCAAGAAAAGUUAGAUUAAGAGAAAAAACAUAAGGAAUUUUUAUAGCCCAGACUAAGGUUGAAUAACCUGCAUACCAAAAGAAAACUACAGUGAUCAAGGGGGAAAUGCCACCCAAUUCUUUUUCAUAAUAAAUCCACAGUUGGAGACCAAUUGUGAUUUCCCCCCCUUGCUAAACUGGUUUUCUCUACAUAAGAAGAAAAGGAGAAAACCUCAGAUGUUUGGUUCCCCCAUCCUAAAGUCCCAAAUAUGUGCAAUAACUGUUUUACAACCUACUAAACAAUAUAUUUACUACUUUGAAUACAGAACUGAACUCCAAUACACAUGUACUGUAGAGAGUUUUUUUUUUUUUAAUACUUCUAAGUAGGCGUCAAAUUCUGUCCACAUGAUUGGCUGGGUUCUUAAUUUUAUUAUCUAGCUAUUACUAUGACCAUCAGACAGCAUUGAAUAUUUUCCCAGUCCUACAUUAAACUAUAUAAAAUGCCCUUUCAGGUAUUAAACAAAGCAGUGUGACAAAAUGAAAAGAACAUUGAUAGCUAAUACUUGCAUUUUCACAUUUCUAUCACUACAAACUGAGAAAUAAAGUCAUCAAGUGAUAAUCUCAAAUUUAGUCAUUUGCUAUAAGUAAGUAAAUUACAAGAGAUUUAAAACAAUAACAUUGAUCAUAUAUCAAAGUCUGAAAAUUGGACUAGUGAAAUUCAUGCCAGUCCAUACCCAAAUAUUUUAUAGACGCCAAAAUAGGUGAUAUUUGAUCACCUAUGGUAACUGCUACCUGAUAUAAGAAAACGUGAUUUAUACCUAUCCAUCCUCAAUGCCAUGGUUAGUUCUGGGGCGAGAGAAAAAGCCACAGAACCUACCACAAAGUAUACCUCAACAAGCCCUCUAGUUCUGCUUCUGAAAUCUGAAGCCUUUUAAACUACCUGGUUAAUCAAAACAGAAAGCAGCUGACUGAGUGUGAUUUCCUGGCAGUGUAUCAUUUCCUGGAACCUUUGUGCCAGAAAUGAAGAUUUGCAUUUUCUCAUGACUUCUAUCAAGAGUGCAGUAGCUCAGUGUUCAGAUUGUAGACGAACCUGAAUCCCCAAGUGAAAUGUGAUUCACAUUUCUGUUACUGUGAUACAAUAAUGUGAUCCUAAAACUGGCUUAUCCUUCAAUGUUUACAAUUCCAAUUACUUUUUUUAAGUUCAGUAGUUACUUUAAAUAAGCAAACUUUAAUGUCAAAUCAAUACCUUAGAAGUAGUUUUCUUUUUUUUAAAAAAAAAUGUGUACACCAAAGGCCGUGGGGAACUUGGUGCAAGUACCUCAUCGCUGAGCAAAUGGAGCUUGCUAUGUUUGAAUUUCAGAAAUUUUUCUCAUUUAAGUAGUAUGUAGGAAAGUCUUUUAAGCAUUUUUCUUCUUCAUAUUUACUCAAUUAAGCUUAUAAUAAGUUUUAUCUUAAAAUCAUAUGUUUAAGGCAGUAAUACAUUAAAAAAAAAACAAUUUUAGCAACUCACCUCCCAUUGCUCUCCAAGGCAAGUAUUCCAGCAAGCACAGGGAAUAGCAAGCAUACUCUCCAAAGUUAUCCCAAACCAACCACACAGGAAAGAUUAGCACUGCACUGCUGUGCUUUGAAGGCUAAUGCGUUAGUGAGGAAAAGAAGGUUGACACCUAGCAAGGAAAAGGAAGCCCCACGCAUUGGGUGGCCAAGUAUGAGCUAGUGAAAUAGUUGAAGUAGUUCACUAGUAAUAAAUGUCGCUAGUGAAUAUUUCUAGUCUAGGUGUACAUCUGUGUAGGAUCUAUAUAGCCUUUGGCAGGUGAGCCGGAACAGUGGAACAAUGUCAUUUCAUAGUCUUUAUACUCAGUAAUAGAAGAAAUGACAUAUGUACUAUGCCAUGUAACGGUGCCUAGAAGGCCCAGCAUAUCACAGAAGUGUGGAGAGGCACCCCUGAAGGUCAGUGUAACUAGGAUUAUGAUUGGAAGCAUGAAUAUUUUGGCGGGUUAUUAUCAGCACUGGUGAGAGUAUGGUUUGAUUUAAUGGUGGUUUAGUUGCUUUAAAUUACUUGUAAUAAAAGAAAUUGUGCAAAAUGUUUUGAAAACAGUUUAGGAAGAGGACUGAUAGCAAAAUUUCUGAAUAGAUUAAUGGGUUCAAGCAAAGUAAGAUGCUAAUUGCAAGAAGUGAAAAUUAUCAAAGCAAUAAAACGAGCAAAUCAAUAUCACUCCUAAACUUACAUCCCUUCACCCACAUUUUAAAAUGCCAAAGAUUAAAUUCAUUGUGAGAUAAACUGAUAACUAAUUGAUGUUUUCUGCAAAGAUUCGUUGAUUUGAAGGCUGGACAGAUAACUAGAUUAGUAAAGCCCAUGCCUUAUGGCUCCAAAUUCAAUCCCCAGAAAUCACAUAGAAAUUCCAGUCAUGAUAGUGGAUACUUCCAAUUCCUGUGCUAAAGAGAGUUAGACCAGUAGAUCUUUGGAGCUUGCUUGCCAGCUAUUCUAAACUAAUUGGAGAGCUUCUGGCCAAUGAGAGACCCUGUCUCCAAACAGGUGGAUGGCAUUCCUGAGGAUGACACUGGAUGUUAUCUUCUGCUCUUUCUCCCUCCCUCCCUCCUUCCCUCCCUCCCUCCCACCCUCCCUCCCUCCCUCCCUCCUUCCCCUUUCUCUCACUUCCCUCCCUCCCUCCUCCCUCUGUCUCCUCCAUAACACAGAUACGUACACAAACACACACACAUACACAUGCAUACACAGGCACACAUGCAUACACAGGCACACACACACACACACAAAACACCAUUCAUCUGAGAUGGUCUUGAUAAGAUAAUGAAUAUUGCCAUAUACUCUCAAUGGGAUCUUUUAAGUACUUUUUGAUUUGUCUCAAGAUAUGUGCCUGUUUGAAUCAUUUAUACUCAACAUGUAUGGAGUUAAUCUUUGAGACUAAUUGUUUGAUUGGAAACUCUAAUGGAUCAUUGUUUGGCUUCUUAAAUAAAACUUUGCAGUUA